AUGAAGUUCCUCAAAGGCACGGACUUCGUGGCACGGACCAGCACUCCCCAAGAGACUCUGGCUUUAUUGUCAGAGCUGAAGGAAUGCCUCAGCUCGGUAACCAAAAACGCAGACGCUGCAAGCCAAGCUUCCAAACGGGCAACAGCGUGUGACGGAAUCCUGCGGGCCUGCAUCCACCGGUUUGCCGAAGGCUCGGGUGACCCAGAUCACCUGGAAUGUCUCCAGACUCUGGCUGAGAGGGCCUGCCAUGGCUACAUUGAAGCUCGGCCGCAGUACGUUCCCCUCUAUUUGGAAAGGUUGCUCUACCACUUGCUGAGAGGCGCUGCUUCUCGGGGCCCAUCGGAGACCAGACUGGGGCUGGCGAGCCUCCUCUACGCCGAACUGUUGAAGCACCAGCCGCCGGAGGUGCCCGCUGAUGACUUCUCGGCCGUUGCCAAGAGUGCCUUCAGCGUGCUGUGGAAGAGCGCCGACGCCAUAGCUAAAACAGACCGGACUCCUGCCCAGUUCCGGACAGUCCUCUCAUCACAGCUGCAAGCAGUGCGCUUCUUGGUUCUCCUGGAGCACGGCUCCCCCGUCCUAUUGCUCAGAGAACCCCCUUUCUUUACCUCCGUGGCGGCCCAACAUGCCACUGCUGCCGCUUCUGUGUUUGAGGCCCAGCGGAGCCCGCUGCCCAGGGAGGAGGCUUGUUUCCUCAGUGAGCAGCUGUUUGGCUAUCUUGCUGCGGGCCUUCUGGAAAAGAGGGGCGCGGGCGAGACUUUGCCCUUCCAGGACGCGCUCUGUAUCUUUGAAAUUGCCGUGAUGAGGUCCCGUUACCUCUGCAAGAGCGGCUGCUUCGCGGAAAGCAAGGAAGCCCUCCAGCAGUGCCGGGGCUGUUUGAGAAGGUGUAAGAAGAGAAGGCAAUUCUUCAGCAUGGGUUUGGAUAUUCUCUCCACUGGCAUCGAGCUAAACAGAGCGUUGGCGCUUCGUGACUGCUCGGUAGGGCCCCUCUUUGCCCGAGCGGCUGAGAUCCUAAGCGCCUUGCUGGAUGCUGACGUACAUCUGCUUAAAGUGACGAUCGAAAGCAGCCAGUUGUUCAUAAUGCCUCUGUACGGAUACGCAAAAGAGAGUAAACAGAGCUUCUUCGGUCUACAUGACAUUCUGGGGAUCUCUGCCUUUAUGGAAAGAUACUUUGAGCUGCUUGGCAAACUGCUAAACGUUGACCCACCAGACAAUGUGAAACAGCAGCAAGCUCUGAAGAAGAUGCUGUACCACUUUGCCCAGCUGUACACCACCCUGGUAUACGACUCCCUUCAGGCUCUGCAGGGGCCACAGUCUCCAGGGAUGCUGCAGCUGGUGGUGUCCCUUCAAAAGAUUGCUUCCUGGAUGCUGGAUAUGCAAGCAGGUCUUCCGCAGUGUGAGCAGGCAGAAUACCUGGAUGUCUCAGCAUACUGCGUGUCCCGGCUGGGCUACAGCUUCUACUGUCAGAAGAUGUAUGCUGAAUCCAACUCAAUAGUAGAGCUCUUCUGCAGGAGGCUGAGCAAGGAAGAGCUGUUCAAAAAUCCAGAAUUCUCUGCAGAAAAGCUACACAACUGCUUCAGGCUGCUUGUGGAAAACUACAGGAAGCUGGGCUCCUUGGAGGAGGCCCUCCAGGCUGUGGUAUUGUGGCUGGUCACCCAGCGCAGUGAGAUCACGGAACGGAUGGCGGAACCGGUCUCCUUCUGGCUCAAAGUCAAGGUGGAUGCCAGCAAAAGUGGGGCUGAUGAUCUCAGAUUGAAGACCCUGAAAGAGGGCCUGGAAGGAUGCCACUUGGCCCCUGAGAUCCUGCUGGAAGUGUUGUGGGAAGAACUGAAGGCCUACAAAGGUGUGCGAGCCGACACCAGCCAAGAGCGCUUCAACGUGAUCUGUGACCUACUGGAUAUCUGCUCGGAGGGCAGCAGCUUUGUCCACGAGCGGGCUGCGAUCCUGAUAGAACUGGCUCAGGUGCUGUGUUACCAUGACUACAUGGAGCAGACAGAAUGCUCUGCCCUGGAUUCCAUCCAUGAAGCCUUGCGGCUGCUGGACUUGGUCCCUAAAACUCCCCAGAAUGAGGAACGGCUCCAGGAUGACAAGGCCCAAGCCCUGCUCUGGCUCUACAUCUGCACCAUUGAGAGCAAAAUGCACGAGAGCACUAAGGAGGAACAGAGAACCAAAAACAGUCAUGCCCAGGGACAAGAGAAUUCCCAGCUUCUUGAAGGCGUGGAGACGAACGAUCUCGGCUACGAGGACAAGACUCAGGAUGAUAAGUUCCUGUAUCUCGGCAUCACAUUUAACUUGUCUGCGGAUUCUGCGCAAUCGAAGUGCUUGGACGACGCCUAUGACUUGUGGAAGCAACUCCUCAGCAAAGGCCGGGCCCCAGCUGUACGGAGUGUUGAGCAGACGAUGGCAUCCCUGCACAUCAUGGCCGCACUGUACAGGAUAAUGGGCAAGCCACUGCGAGCCAUUGAGAGCUACUUCCUGAUCUCAGAACUCUCCGGUGCCCUUGCAGACGCUCUUGGGACGGCCAGCGCUUUGUGUCAGAUCGCCAAGCUCUUUUUCCAGCUAGAAUGUUGCAGUUACGCUGAGAUGGUCUUAAAGGAAGCAGAGUCCUGCUUGCGAGGCGUUGACCGAAGCAAAGACGGCGCCUUGCUGUUGACUCAAAUGCUAGCUGUCCUCCAAAGCAGAUUGUGCUUGGCAAAUUGCAAGGUUGAAGAAGGCCUCGGCCUGCUGCUAGAAACCCUGGGAAACCCAGCUUUGCAAAAGCCGUCUAAACUCUGGUACCUGCUCCGAGCCGGCGCUCUCCAGCUGACGGCCUUGUAUCUCGGUCUGCCUCCUUCCACCCUCCCGCCGGCGCUCAGGCAAAAACUGUACACUCAAGGGUGGAAGACCCCCGAAACUGCUUUGGGCGAUGCCCACAAACUCUACCGCAGCAUUGUUUCUAACUUCUUGCUGAUCGGCAGUGAGAAAUCUGCUAAAGAUGUCCCAGACCAUCUAUUUGUAGAUCAUGGUGACAACCUGGUGCAAAAGUGGCAAGUUCUGGCUGACAUGUUCGUUUGUUCCGAGACAUUCGUCUCCCUCCUCGGCAAGAUCGAGACUGUGAGUGAAGCAAAAGCUUUCUGCCUGGAAGCUCUCAAAAUCUCCAUGAAGCUGCAGUCCCUCCGCUGGUGUGCUCGGUUUUUGGUCUUGAAGAGCGAGCUGGAGCUGAAGCGCGGCGACCUGGAGGUGUGUCGCUCUGAUCUUGAGCAGGUGCUGUUUCUCCUGGAAUCGGGCACUGUGUUUGAAAUGAAAGCGGGAAAAGGCGAUGUGAAAAUUAAGCCAAAGAAAGGCAGGCCAAAGGUCAAGAAGCCGCCAGGCCCAUGCGCGGAAUCCUCUGAAGAGGAGCGGCAAUUUCUGCGAGAAGCCUCCCUGGAGUUUAUCGACACGGUCUCCACGCAGAAGGGGAACCCUCUCGCGGACUCGCCAGUGCUGAAGCCGAAGCAGAAGAAGCGCCCCAGCUUCCUGACCCACCUGGACGGAUGCCGCUGCCUGCUCUGCUCUGACGUGGUCCUCUCGAGCGUCUGCCUCCGGUGGCUGUUAGCCUCUGCAGAGGGGGAGUUGGCCCUCGGGCGCACAGGAGAAGGGCUGCCGCUCUUGGAGGCUUGUCUGAAACGGUGCGCCUCUGCUACAGCGUACAUCUGCAACGUGGUGGCAUCAGCAUCUCAAAGCAACGGCAGGAAGGCCGUUGACCAGGAUCUGUCCGCAGUUGGACUCCUGGAUGACCUGGUGGCCAGUAUCUACGUGUCUCUGGCAAAACUGAGCAUGAACACCAACCGACCAGAGAAAAAACUGUGGAAACUUCUAGAGACUGGCCUGGCCACGCUGUCUUCCAAGAGGCCCCGGCUGCCAGGGCUCGAAUACUCAAAGGCCAGUCUGCUCCUUACCAAAGCAGUAGCCGCCAUCUCGGUUCUGGCUUCCGGUCACGAGGGCUACGCUGCAAACAUAUUUUCUAGUGCCUGGCCCUGGAAGUACCCACCUUCCCUCUGUGAGGACAAAGAAAAUAUGCCGACGGUUGCAGAGACGAUGCUCGAAGUGCUUUCUUCGGCGGCCCUGAACAGUAACAACACCAAGAGGCAGCCAGAAGCUGUCCAGAAAGCAAAGCCUAAGAGAGCCCUAGGAACCAAACCCCUUCCUGUGAUCCACCUCAGUGCCCCGCUUGCCCUGGUUGACUCCGGUAUGGAGGCUGCUCCGCUUGUUGUUAGGCUACCCGUAGAACCCUGCACCCCGGCACAGAAGUCCUUUACAGCUGCCAGGACGAGCAGGUCGGCGGCAGCCAAACCAGCCCUCUCCUCCAAGGCCCCCUUUAAGAUUUUUGAGGAAUCUUCUUCUCUGAGGUUGAAGGCUGAAGUCCCGAAGGCGCCCAAAGUGUCCAGAAGAACGAAGUCUCGUCUUAAGGUUGUGUUCAGCGACGACAGUGACCUGGAAGGUCCUCCAGAAGCUACGUGGGAGGCUAAGCUCCCAGCUGCCAAAGAACCAGCAGCCUCCUCCCGCAGGAUGGGGCGGAAAGCGGCCCCCAGCAGAAAACAGUCAGCGGCGAGCCUGGCUAAAAUGGAGGGGUGCAGCGCCAGCUCUUCGGAUGACCACCCCCACGCUGCAAAAGCACCGCCUCGGCGUGGAAGGCCAGGUGGCAGGAGAGCUGCUAAGCAGGGGAGGCAGCAAGAAGAAAUUAGCAAAGCUCCUUGUGAGGAGGAAACACCGAAUGAGCCGGGGGAAGAGGAAAAGGAGGUUCUGAGGACUGUCGAGGACAUCAAGGCCGGCUGUGAGGUCCUGCAGGGUUCAGGACGUAGAAAGCAACCUGUUCCUGAACCGAAUGGCACAGAAGAGGACCAAGAGGUUCUCCAGCGCGAUGCCAGUGCUGCUCUGCAGGAGACUUUCCAUGCUUCAGAGAAGCGAAGUCCCACAGACCCAUUUGAUUUGCACACUCUUGCCUCUUCCCUAGAAGUAGCUGCUAAUUCCUUCUCCGUGGACUCCGUCUAUGAAAUCCUGCAAGCCGCCUUCUGUUCCAUCAGCCAUAACCCCCCAGGUGCCCUCUACAGCCGUCUCUGCCAAAUCAUGGCACUGUGUGUCGGGAGCCGGGACCCCGUUGUUACUGCCUACCUGGUUUCGGAGUCGGUCGCUGUCACUCUUCGCCAUCAGAUAAUGAGCACCAUUCACAAAAGACUCGACAAAAUGAAGAAGGCCUCGGUGGCCAAUGCAUCAAGGCAGCUGGAGAUGCUGAGCCUGUGGACAGGGAACGCUGAUCCUCUGCUCCGGUGCCUCGCAGAGCUGCAGAACCUCUUUGCGUUUGGCUGUCCCAGUCCCGCUAAGCUGGAGACAGAAGACUUCCGAGAACAGCUGCGACAGAUCCCCGCUGGGGUCACAGUGUGUGUGCUGACCCUGGUGAGCAUCAAGCCGGGAACUGUCGGGGACAUCCUCCUGCUGACGCGGCUGGAGAAAGAUGCCGUCCCGGUGACCCUCCAGAUACAGACAAUGCACAGCAAAGUCCCCUUGAGCACGGCACUCAGCGAAUUUGAUGCCAUUCUGCAGGAACAGAAAGAGAUUUCUAACCUCACAGAGAAAGAGGAUUGGUGGCUUGGCCGGACCGCCCUGGACAAGAGGAUGAAGGCUUUGAUAGAGUCCCUGGAGAAGCACGUGCUGGGCUGCUGGAGGGGUGCCCUGCUGCCAGGCUGCGAGGGCCAAACCGUGGCGCAGGAAGCCUUUAGCCUUCGGAAGCGUCUCGGGGAGUGUGGCUGUGAGGUGGAUCCGGCACUGCUUAAGGUCAUGCUUACCGGCUCGCAUCUCCUGGCCCCAGAAGACAUACAGCGUUUGGCGUUGGGGCUCAGCCCAGCUCAGCCCGAGAGAGCUCGGGACCUUCUUCAGGAGGCAGUAGAAAAAGUGGAGUCCGGUACACUCCAAGCAUCAAGUGGCCACUUGGUCCUCGUGCUGGACAAACACCUGCAGAGACUCCCCUGGGAAAACAUACCGUGCCUGAAAUCCCAGACGGUGACCCGAUUACCUUCUCUGCGUUUCCUGCUCAGCUAUUCGCUUACGAAAGAGUACCGAGAAGAAUCCGUCUUCCAUCGGGGGAUAAACGCGGGCAGUGCCUUCUACGUCUUAAACCCGCAGAGAAACCUUUCGGGGACGGAGAAGCUGUUCAAAGACUGGUUCCAGAGCGAGCCUGGCUGGACAGGAGUGGUGGGUGAAGCCCCUGCUGCGGACCAAGUACCGUCGGCUCUUGAGGAACGGGAUCUCUACAUCUACGCUGGGCAUGGUGCAGGUGCCCGUUUCAUGGACUCCAUUCUGAAGGUGGACUGCAGGGCCGUGGCUCUGCUCUUCGGCUGCAGUAGCGCCGCUCUAGCCGUGCAGGGCAACCUGGAAGGGACGGGCAUCAUCCUCAAGUUCAUCCUGGCAGGGUGUCCCCUAGCUCUGGGAAACCUCUGGGAUGUGACGGACCGAGACAUUGAUCGCUAUAUGGCGGCGCUUCUGAAGAACUGGCUGAAGGCAGGCUCUGGAGCGCCUCUGCUCCAGUAUGUCAUACAGUCCCGUCAAGCUCCCAGACUCAAGUACAUGAUUGGAGCUGCCCCCAUAGUCUAUGGUUUGCCUGUCUCUCUGCAGUAGGAAACACGGAAAGAGCCCAGUACC